AUGGCACCCCACCCUCAAACAGACAACUCCCCCUUCCCCCUAACCCCAACCGAAGACGACGUCGCCGGCCACGGCACCCCAGACGAUGGCUCCCUCGCCGGCGCGAGCGGCACCUCCUCAGGCGGCAUCACCAUCUCCCGGGGUGCCCUCGUAGCCAUCAUCGUUGUCGUCGUCGUGGUUGCUUUAGCAGGGAUCGCCUCCUCAAUCCUCUUCUACGUCGCCAAAAAGCGCGAGUGGACCGUCAAGGAAACGAUUCGCCGUUCCGCAAGAAAGGUUGUCACCGCCCUCACCCCACGCCGCUCCGAGUUCCCUCGCAGCGUCAAAGAAGGCGGCGGGAGCAGGAACGGAAGGGUAAAGCUCGAUGACGUCCCGCCUACCCCUAGACUUACGCCUGAACGCCUGGAAGAUUUGGAAAAGGGGCUCGAGGGGAAGAAGAGGAAUAAAAGGUCAAACUUUAGCCGGAAGUAG